AUAUUUGUCCGCUUCCGUGGAACCCUUUUAAACCGUAACCCCUUCAGCCUCCCCAAAACCCUAGCUGCUACUCCGCAGAAACUCGAACUCUUAGAAGCGAUGGCUCAAGAAGCUGUGAACCCCAAAGCAUACCCGCUCGCUGAUGCGCAGCUCACCACAACUAUAAUGGACUUGGUUCAACAAGCUGCUAACUAUAAGCAGCUUAAGAAGGGUGCUAAUGAAGCUACUAAGACAUUGAACAGAGGCAUUUCUGAGUUUAUUGUCAUGGCUGCCGACACAGAACCGCUGGAAAUCCUUCUUCAUCUGCCACUUCUAGCAGAAGAUAAGAAUGUUCCGUACGUUUUUGUUCCUUCGAAACAAGCUCUUGGGCGAGCAUGUGGUGUUACCAGACCUGUGAUUGCUUGUUCAGUGACUAGCAACGAAGGGAGCCAAUUGAAAUCUCAAAUUACACAACUGAAGGAUGCCAUUGAGAAGCUCCUGAUCUAAAUGCGGAGAACAAAUUCAGCAUGAUGGGCCUCAGGAACCAUAUUCCAGAUUCAGUCUGAGGCUUGGACUGACCUAGUUACCCAGUGUGACUGGGGACCAUUUUCUGUUUGUUUGAUUACAAAUUUCAAGUUUAAACCAAACUUAUGUUCAUCUGAAUUACUUUUUGUAUUGGAGGCUUAAGGAGGAUAUUCAAAAUCUAUGAAUGCAUUGUGUAAUAGCUAAGGUGUCAAUUAGUUAACUUUGUUACUUAGUUAAUGUGUUCAAGGUGUUAAAAUUGA